AUGCCCAAGCCCGAUCCCAUUCCUGGCGUGUCCAGUGGUAUGGAGUAUUUGGUGGAUCUCAAUAAGAUCCUGGUGCAUCAACAAGUUGAGGUGGCAGAAUUGCUUUCAGGUCAAGAAAGUUGCAAUAAGUACGUAAUCUUAAACACCCUGGGCCAGCAAAUAUACUUUGCACAUGAAGAAUCGAGUCCCUGCUGCCGGAUGUGCUGUGGAAAUGAGAGAUCAUUCGUUAUGCAUCUUUUCGAAAAUUCUGGAAUCGAAGCCAUAAGGUUACGACGGAACUACAAAUGUUGCGCCAAAUGUGCCUGGUGCACCUGCAUGCCCUGCUGUGUCGAGGAAAUCUCGGUGGAGGCUCCUGUUGGGGAGAUAAUUGGAUACUGUAGACAGGGAUGUAGUUUCAUAAGUCCGAAGCUUGAAGUUCAAAAUAAGAACAAUGAGUUGAUGUAUAGUAUGCGUGGUCCCAUGUGCUUCUGUCAGAAUAACUGCUGCCGCAAAGACGUUAACUUUUCUAUCAAAGAUACAAACAGAAACAUAAUUGGAAAAAUUAGCAAUGAGUGGAGUGCUACCAAUAGGGAGAGGCACAGCGAUGCCGACAACUAUUCAGUCACUUUUCCGUAUGAUUGUGAGGCGGAAAUGAAAGCGGUACUUCUUGCUAUUAUGUUUCUUAUUGUUAGUUCAUCAAAUAAACUAAUUUAUUCAUUUAUUUAUUAUUCAAAUUAA